AUGUCAAAAUGCGGUGUUAUCAUGAAUGAACCCUUUACUAAUAUACCUCGUAUAAAAUUGUACAAGGAUCAAGCUGGUAUUCCUAAAGGUGAUGGGCGUUGCUGUUAUGUCAGAGUUGAAUCAGUGGAGCUUGCAUUAAAAAUUCUCGAUGGUAUGUUAUAUACACCUGGUUAUACUAUUCAUGUGGAACGUGCUAAAUUUCAACCUAAAGGAGAAUUCGAUCCUAAGAAACGUCGACGUUUAACAGUUAAAGAAAAGAAAAAAUUGAGAGAACAACAAGAAAAUUUAUUUCGAUGGAGUAUUGAUACAAGUAAAUUUAUACGUGGUAAAAAAGAACGAGUUGUUAUUCUUAAAAAUGCAUUUAAUGAAUUGGAUUUUCAGAAUGAUGUUACUUUAAUUCCAAUUGUAAGAGAACGUUUACGUGUACAAUGUGCCAAAUGUGGUAUUAUCAAAAAGAUUGUGGUUCAUGAUGCUCAUCCAGAAGGCGUCGUCAGUGUAACAUUUUCUACACCAGAAGAAGCAGAUACAGGAAUCAAAUUCCUAUCUAAGGCAUUAUUUGUUGAUUAUCCUGGUACUGGAGGAGCUAGACAAUUAGAAGCGGAACGUUGGGAUGGUAAAACUAAUUACUCAGUAUGUGAAUCUAAAGAUAAAGAAGCCAGUCGAUUACAAAGUUGGGAUGAAUAUCUUGGAGGUGAUAGUUCUUCAUCCGAUGAAGAGACUAAUACUCAAGCUAGCAUUAGUAAUAGUGACAAUAAUUAUGCCUGUGGUGAUAAUAUUGAAUCCAGUGGAGUGAAUAGUACUUCACAAAAAUCAGAAUUAGCAUUUGAAGUACCAUCAGAUUAUUGGGAAAGAUUAAGUGAAGAGAGUCAGUCCAGCUGUGUAGAUACAGAUGAUGAAAAUGGUGGGAGUGGAGCUGAAACAUCAUAG